AUGGGCAACCCCACCAACCGCGCUCUUCUGACUCCCUCGCCAUCCCCGCCAUCUGACGACCGGGUUGCUAAUCUGCCUAUCCGCACCAAGGAUGACCAAAACCCCCAAGCCCCCUCGCCCAACGCCAUGUUGGUCGAUACACCCGAGGAACACAUUGUCGAACCAAACGGCGUCGAUAAUGACGAGGUCGCAAUCAUCACCCCGGAGGCUGACGAGAAGGAGGCUCCUGUCCUUGCCACUGACUACAAAGCCAUGAAAGAGCACGUCCUUCCAGCCCUAAUCGACGAACCCCCAAUCCUUGAGGACCAGGUUCACACGUGGGAGAUCAAGGGUUGGCGCAACCUAAACAAGAAGGAGCAUGGUCCCAUCUUCCAUGCUGGUGGCUUCCCAUGGCGGAUUCUUCUUUUCCCAUAUGGCAAUAAUGUUGACCAGUGCUCGAUAUACCUGGAACACGGCUUCGAAGCGGACGAGAUGCCCGAAAAAUGGAGCUGCUGCGUUCAGUUUGCGCUCGUGCUAUGGAAUCCUAACGACCCUUCCGUCUUUCACCACCAUUCCGCCCAUCACCGUUUCACCAAGGAAGAGAGCGAUUGGGGUUUUACACGGUUUCUGGAACUCCGGAGGCUGUUCAGUCAGCCUUAUGACGGUUCAAGCCGUCCUCUCGGCGAAAAUGAAAGCGUCAACAUUAGCGCCUACGUCAGGAUUGUCGAGGAUGAAACAGGAGUUUUGUGGCACAACUUCAACAACUACGAUUCGAAGCAGGAGACAGGCUACGUCGGUCUCAAAAACCAGGGCGCCACUUGCUAUUUGAACUCACUCUUACAGUCGCUCUAUUUCACCAAUGCUUUCCGCAAGUUGCAAACAUCAAAUACUGCCGUGGCUACCAGUGAGCUUACCAAGUCUUUUGGAUGGGAGACUCGUCAUAUUUUUGAACAGCAAGACGUCCAGGAGCUCUCGCGGAAAUUGAUGGAACGCAUGGAGGAGAAGAUGAAGGGCACACCACACGAGAAAGCCCUGGCACAGAUGUUCAGCGGCAAGAUCAAAACCUUCAUCUCCUGCAUCAACGUUCCGUACGAAUCCAGUCGAGUUGAAGAUUUCUGGGAUGUCCAACUUAACGUCAGCGGCAAUAAGAAUCUGCUGGAGAGUUUCCAGGACUACAUCCAGGUGGAAAAAUUGGACGGUGAAAACCAGUACUAUGCUGGCGACGAGUACAAACUUCAGGAUGCCAACAAGGGCGUCAUCUUCCAGAGCUUUCCCGAUGUUCUGCAUUUGCAGUUGAAACGCUUCGAAUACGACAUUCAGCGCGACACGAUGAUGAAGAUCAAUGCCCGCUACGAGUUUCCCGAGGAGUUCGAUGCCGCUCCCUUCCUCGAGAAAGACGCCGACCGAUCGGAACCUUGGGAAUACGAGCUUCAUGGUGUGCUGGUACACAGUGGGGACCUUAACACCGGCCACUAUUACGCUUUCCUGAAGCCCACCAAGGACGGAAAUUGGUACAAGUACGACGAUGACAAAGUCACCAAGGCCAGGAAGCUUGAGGUCCUGGAAGACAACUUUGGCGGUCCUUUCCGGUUGCCGAAUGGACAAAUUAGGACUUUACCUCAAAAGAAGACACCAAUCAUGCGACCCAAUAGCGCUUACAUGCUCGUGUAUAUCCGCAAGUCCCGAAUCGACCAGAUCCUUACCCAGGUUACCGAAGAGGACACACCUCCACAUCUCCGCAACAGAUUCGCAGAGGAGCUGGCUGCUCGUGAAGCCCGACGCAAGGAGAGGGAGGAACAACACCUGUAUAUAGGGGUAAAGGUCGUCACCGAAGCGACGUUCCAGGAGCACGGCGGUACCGAUCUGACCUACUUCGACACGACUCCUGACCAAGAUCCCGGGGCACCGAUUUACUAUCGUGUUCUUCGCCAGGAUACCAUGGAGCAGUUGGUCGCUAAAAUUGCAGCAGACCUUGGACAAGAUCCUAAACGGGUCCGGUUGUGGAUAAUGGUGAAUCGCCAGAACAAGACAGUUCGCCCGGACGUUCCUAUCAUGGAUCUUGCGCUUACAGUGGAGGAAACCUACUCCAAAGCUACUGCCCAACGGGAUGAGUCUUUACGUGUGUGGGCAGAAGUGGCUGAGGAGGUCAACGCGGACGGUGAACCCAUCUGGCCAUCACAUCAGGCACAAGCUAAUGGCGCGAUUGUGAAGGAUAACAUCUUGUUGUUCCUAAAAUGGUUUGACGUGGAGAGCCAAACAUUGAGGGGCGUUGGGCAUGUCUACGUGAGGUUGGACAAGAAGGUCGAGGAUCUGGUCCCUGUGAUUCUGAAGAAAAUGGGCUGGGGCGAAAAAGUUCCCAGUGGAGAGAAGAUUCAGCUGUGGGAGGAGAUCAAGCCAACGAUGGUGGAACCGCUACGAGGCAAGGAAACUCUUAAGACCGAGGAGUUGCAGGACGGAGACAUCAUCUGCUUCCAGCGAACCCAUGUGCACAAGUCAAGACUUGGUCUUGGCGAGAGCAAGCCUUCUGAACACGCUAAAUCAUCGGACAAGCUGACGGAUGCUAGGGAGUAUUACGACUUCUUGUACCACCGCAAGGUCGUAAGAUUCUGCCCUCACCCCCAAAAAGCUGAUGUUCAGCAGUACCCACAGUUCGAGCUUGUCUUGAGUUCCAAGAUGAGCUAUGACAAACUAUCGGAGAAGGUUGGAGAGCACAUAGGUGUCGAGCCUACUCAUAUUCGGUUCUAUACCAUCAAUGGUGCAAAUGGCAAUCCCAGGACGGCAGUCAAGAAGCUAUCCAACCAAACGGUAGAGAGGAUCCUUACCCCGCCGGGAUACGGGCAGAUGAACCUCAAUCAACUAUCAGACGCACUUUACUACGAAGUUCUCGACAUUAGUCUUGCCGAGCUAGACACCAAGAAGAGCCUCAAGGUCACUUGGCUCAGCGAGGGCAUCACAAAAGAGGACCAAUACGAUCUUCUUGUAACGAAGAGUGGUGUGGUUGAGGACCUGAUCGAGACGUUGGUCAAGAAGGCCAAGAUUCCUAGCGAGGAGGAGGCCGGCCAAAUCCGGGUAUAUGAAGUCAGCAACAACAAGUGGUACAGAGAUCUCGACAGAAACUAUCCUGUUAUCUCUAUUAACGAGUACACCACCGUUGUGGCUGAACGGAAACCCGAGGAGGAGAUUGGUGUUACUGAUCCUAACCAGUAUAUUACCGUCUUCCACUUCCAAAACGAACCGAGCAGGGCUCACGGCAUGUCGUUCAGAUUCUUGAUCAAAGAGGGCGAGCCAUUUUCGGAGACGAAGAAGCGGCUCGAAAAGAGAUUGGGAAUCAAGGGCAAGAGCUUCGAGAAGAUCAAGUUCGCUGUGGUUAGGAGGGCUCAGUUCUCACGACCCAUCUAUCUCCAAGACGACGACAUCCUGUAUGAGAAGGCCGAAAAAGAAGACUACCUUGGCCUGGACCACGUUGAUCGGUCAAGGUCGGCGCGAAAUGGCGGUGGUGACUUGUUCCUCAAGGGAUAA